GAUGUUGAUGUUGCACAUCAGUUUUUAUACUAUUUUUUAAUAUACAUGUUUUACGUUGUUUGAAAUUCAAAAGUUUCUGAAAUUUUCUUUUCCAAAUUUUAACGGUUGGCAAAAUUGCGGGCCCCAACAAAUGAUCAAUGAACGAUGAACCAUUUGCGCGCGCAUAAGUUCAAAUUGGGCGGCAAGGACAAUGUUGAAAUUACUUCAAACGCUGCCGCCGCGGACAACAAUAACCGCAUUAGCAACAACAACAACAACAACAACAUUAAUAAUAAUAAUAAUGGGAGCAGCGGCAAAGGAUUCCUCACCCGCAUCAAACGUUACUCGGUGCUCGGGAAUAAACUCAGCCGUCGUCAUUUGGGCAGCAUGACUUUGUCGGGCGGGGGUGCUGGCAAGGAUCGCUCCGGCUCACCCAGCAAGCUGGCCACGGGCAGCUACAAUAUGACCGGCAGCAAUUCCGAAGACCAUCGGCUUGAGAUUGGCGCGCCCAUUCUGAUAUCGACCACAACUCUGGACACAGAUCGCUUUGGUGUGACGGAGGCGCGUCUCAAACAGAUUGGGGGCGGCAUUGCGAAGACAUCCUCGAUAGUGCGCACCCUAACGCCGCGCAGCUCGGAUGAGGAAGAGUUCGUGGAUGCUUGUGGCACGCCGCAAAUCGAGCAGCUGACUAGCGCCGAUGCGGAAACAGAGCAUUUUGAAACGCCAACGCAUCAACCCGACCGAAUGCUGUCCCCGCCACCGACACCACCGCCACCGCCACCCCCGCAACCAGCUGUGGAUCCGCCAAUGCGACGGCCCCGCAUUGCCCGCCAACAACAGUCGCAAUCCGUACAGAAUCUACAUCGAUCCGAGCUGAAGGUCUAUCUGCACAAGUCGCCAUCGAUGACGCUGGACAUGAAUAUGACGGCACCGCCGCAGCUUGGCCUAAACCUGCCCGAACUGCCAGAACUGUAUGGCACCAGUGAGCUCAGCUUGGCAGCCAGCGACAACAAGGAGAACCAUAGCACGCCCCAACGUGGCCAGCAGGGCAGUCAAGUAUCCGAGCCGAACGCACACAUCAUUUGUGGCUUUUUAGCGCAGCAGCAGUGCUUCAAGAGCAUCGACUCCUUUCAGCUGAUGCCGUCGAAGCAAAGCUCCAAGCAGAGCCUGACCAGCUGUCGCAGCAGCAGAAGUAGAAGCAGGAGCAGAAGCAGAAGCAGAAGCCAUCGAAGCCACAGCCAGAUCAGCAUCAACGAGGAGUUUGACUACGAUCUCAAGUCGGUUAGCUAUCAGAGCCUGAAUGCCCAAAAUCUGUUUGUGUCCAUUGAUGAGCUGCAGGAGAUAACCAGACAGAUCAACGAGACGGAAGAUUUUAACCGUGAAAUCGAUCUGGAGUACUGCACGCAUCGGGAUCAGCUGCGUCCCAACGAGCGUCGCAUAACACUGCUCAAGAAUAAGAACCAGCGUCUGAUCAACUUUAAUCACAACAAGGAGAAACUGCGCAAGGGCUGGCACGGCAUGAAGCACUGGCUCGGCGAGGAGAGCACCAAGCUGAAGGAGGCGGUGCGCCAGCAAACGCCACUGAAACGCGUGGCUCAAUCUAAAACCAAUCUUAAUCAGUCCACCGGCAAUGCCAGCCGCCAGUCAAUGUCGCCGGACCGCAGUCGGGAUCGCGAUCGGGAUAUGACCGAAAGCUGCGAGGAUGUCACCGAUCGCACCGAGUAUGAUCCUUCACUGUCACAACAUCCCAGCGAGGAGGAUCUGUCACCGCACUCUAAACGCUUCAAAGACGAGGGACAAAACGGCUUCGAGGAACUCAGACGCUAUGUCAAACAGGGCGGUGACUUCAGCAAAGAACUCAUAUUUGUUCUCCAAGAGCGUGCCGACUCGGAGCUGAUCUACUCGAAGUCGCUCUCGAAGUUGGCCAAUAAACUGAAUAAAGCUGGCCGGGAGGUACCCGGAAGUGUAGCAGAUGCCUGGCGUGGUGUUGCUACAGAAAUGGAAAGUCGCAGCGACAUCCAUCGCCAGCUGGCAGCCUCGCUGACCGAUGAGCUUGUCAAGCCGCUCAAGACGGUCGUGGAUAAUCAUCACAAGACCCGCAAGGCGGUCGAAAGCAAUGUGGACAAAGCGGCCCGUGUGCUGAGCGAGUGGCGCGUGAGCGAGGCAAAGGCCAAGAAGGCCUCGCACACGGCCGCUAGGGAGAACGAGAAGCUGCAGGAUGCGAUGCUGGACGUGCGCAUACAGAAAUCGCCAUCGAUAGCGUUGCUACAUCAGGGGCCCAACAAGCUGGCCGCCGAGAAGGAGCUCAAAUCGGCCGAAAAAGACUGCGUCAAGCUGGACAACAAGCGCAAGAAGGCCGAGGAGGCAGUCAAACGGGCGGACGUUGAAUAUUACACGCUGUGCGUGCGCGCCGAGCGUGCCCGUGUCGACUGGGAAAUGGCCGUGCUUCGCGGCUCCUCCCAGCUGCAGAGCAGCGAGCAGCACCGUGUGGGCAACAUGCAUAACUUUGUGCAGCAAUAUGCGCGCCUUAUCACCGAUAUGAAUCCCAUUUUGGGCAGCCUAACCAACAGUCUGCAGCAGCAGCUGGAUGCUUGCAAUGUGGCCAAGGAUAUGCAGGUGGUGCGCAAUAUACGCCGCAAUUCCGAGGGUCCCAGCGAGCAGCUACUGCCCGACUUCUAUUGUGAACACACCACGCUGGCUAUGAACCGUGAGCGGCGCAAGCACUCGCUGAUCAAGCUGCUGCAGCUGGUCAAAACAGAUUUGGAACGGGAGCGACGCUCUAGAGAUGGGCUACGCGGCCUAUCACAGUCGCUCAACAACCAGGAGCAUCAGAACAUUACUGAUAAGCUAUACCAUAUUCGCUCCAUGCUGACUUAUUUGGAGGGCGCACGUCUAAAGCUGCACUCGGCGCUGCUCGAGCUGGACCACAAGCCGCGCACAACACAUCCGCUGGCGCAGCAUAUACAGAUCACACGGGAUCGCACGGGCCUGCAGCAGAGCAUUCUCAAGGUGCCCAACUGGAUGAAGAACAAUGAUAAGACGCAGAAUACGAGCACAUUGCUGUCGCAGGAUAAUAGCGAUGCCACCGCGGAUGAGGAGGAUGACUAUUCGCAAUUGCAGAGUCAGACGAACAGCUCCUGUGCAAACAUUAGCGUGGUGGCUGCGCCCACAUCGGCGCUGCUGAAGCACUUCAAUCGUAGCAAGAGCAAUAUUGAAACCUUUACCAGCCAACCAAAGAUAAUCUCGACAACCAAUGCAUCGCUGGCGGCGACGGCGACGGCGACGGCGGUAACGGCCAAGUCCAAAACGCUGUCCGCUGGCCAGACGAACGGGGAUCGCGGCCAGGCAGAUGGUGGCUCCAAUCAGCAGGACUCUGACUUUGAUGAGUUUAGUUCGCAGGACGAGGAUGAGGCUGAGCCGCAAACAACACAGAAUUUCUAUCAAAAUGCGCAGGAGGUGCAAAGCUCAUCCAUGAGCUCCCAAGGCGCCAAUAGCAAUUUUACCAGCGUCAGCUCCAAAGAUGGCGGCCAGUCUCAGGUGCUGGGGCGCUGCAAGGCGCUCUACAGCUACACACCAAAACUCUACGACGAACUGGAACUGAGUCCUGGCGAUGUUAUCGAGGUUCAUGCCAAACAGGACGACGGCUGGUGGCUGGGCGCAUUGCGCAAUCAAAUUGGCAUCUUUCCGGCUACCUACGUGGAGGAGUGUGUCUAGCAUAUCGUAUCUAUAUCUAAGCCACAUAGUUAUGUAAGAGUGUGAUUGCAUACUUAAGCUUGUAUGAGUGUGUGUGCGUGUGUUUGUAUGUUUGUGCGUGCGUGAGUUUUGAAGAAUGUCAUAUUGUAUUUAAUUUCGCUUAUCUGCCCCUUUUAACAUAUGCUUACAACGAGCUUUAAAGGUCUCUGCAUUAAAAUAUCUAAAUGUUAAAAAAGGAACACAAAAUUAUAUAUAUUUAAAUAA